AUGGAUCCCAAUGACCAAAAGAAGAAUAAUAAUAAGUUUGAUGUUGGUAGGAUACAUCAGAAUACUAGGGCAAAUUCCAUGAAAGCCAUAGAGAAGAAGAAAAGCUUAGCAUCAAUUUCUAAGUCUUGUAAAGUUUAUGAAAAACCAAAGGGUCGUCAUCAUGAUGAAGGAUCAACAAGUUCAAAAAUUCACAAGUGUGAAUUAUGUAACAAAAUUUUUAGGUGUGGAAAAGGAUUAGGUGGUCACAAAAGAAUCCAUAGUCAAGCCCUAGGGAAAGAGGGUGAGUCGAAAGCAGAGGCUAAUUGCAAUUCUAAUGAUGUAAAAUUAAGUUGUGAUGUUUGCAAAAAGAACUUCCAAUCCAAUAAGGCUUUACAUGGUCACAUGAGAUCUCAUCCUGAAAGGGAAUGGCGGGGUAUGAACCCUAAUAAGGAUAAUAAUAUUGAUUAUCAUGAUUAUGAUCAAGAUCAAUAUUUUCUUAGUGCAUUCAAUUCCAAGGAAUUGGUUAUUGAUGAGGAAUCAAAAUCUUGGCCACGAAGAUUGUUUAAAACCUGUAAAAGAGGCCGUUCGAGUGGUGAAGUUGUUAUUGCUGCUCAAAUACUCGUGUAUAUGUCAACAGAUAAACAUUUACAUGACACCUUCGAUGAGGAUUUGGAUAAUGAAGAUAAGAAGGAGAAUGUUCUACCUAGUACUAGUGGUCUUGUUGGUGACAUUGAUGAAACAAAAUUGAAGAAUGACAAUAACAAAAGAAGGAAGAAGCUGGUGAAAUUGAUGAAUCCAUAUUCAACAUCAAAAGAUAAUGUCUUAUUGGACUAA